UACACUAUUGCUUAUUCGAACGUCAAUCAAUUCUGUUUGUAACUAAGUAAGACCUGACUUAUUCAACUACUUUGACGGAGUUGGUUUAUAGACGAAGAAAGUGCUUAUCUCAUAUUUACAAUUUUAUUUACACCAUUCUGUUGUUUCCAUAAUGCGGCUACUGCCCUAUUUGACAUUGAUCUUAGCAAUAGGAAGCAUAUUGGUCAUUUCGCACAAACAAACAUUGGGUGAGAUUGGUAAUACGUUGGCUUUAAAUGUACGGCAAAGACGUGCCUCUUCAACUCCAACGUCGAAUCUGUCUUAUACAGGUUGUGGUCACUGGUCAGAUUGGAUCAGCAGGAAUACCCCCUCAAGUUUGUCUACCAACGAAAGUGAACAUUUCACAGAUGCAGAUUUGGACAAACUCUGUCCAACUGCAGGCGGAAACCAGGUCAAGGACUUCUGAUGCAGAGACGAGAAAGGGGAAGCUAUUCACGGCAUCUUCAACAAAACAGACGUGUCCAAUGUGUACAUAUACACGUGCGAUAAUAUGUCUGCAACAUGCCAUGUCAUAGCCACUUCUGUUCCCGGUGCUAGAUGUCCGGAUUACGCCAUCCGCAUAAAGUGUGAAUGCCCUCCUACCACGACUACCGAGUCUACGACAUCGAUUCGCACCGCAACAAGUAGAUACUCGACGGUUGCACCAAGUCCGACAAUACUAGGUGGAACUGCGGUCGUAAAUGUAACGACUGGAAACAUAGGAACGAUUGUAAACGUGGCUAGCACAGCAGCAAGUCCGACAAUACUAGGUGGAACUGCGGUCUCAAAUGUAACGACUGGAAACAUAGGAACGACUGUAAACGUGGCAAGCACAGCUAGCGCAAUUGAUGGAGGCAGUACAACAAACGCUGGUGGAAUGAUAAAGACCACUAGUGGUAGCUGGAGUGGAUAUGAUCACGGAACGGGAACAGUUGGCUAUGUUUCUAUUUCAGGAAAUGGAUUCCAUGGAAAUGGCUCCACUCUCGGGAAUGGUACUGCUCACGGAUUCACUUCAGUCGACAUCAGCUCACAAACAACAAGCAGCAGCAUUUUGAAUUGGCUCAUUCCAGUGAUCGCUGGCAUUAGUUUUCUUGCAGCCUUCUUGAUCCUGCUUUUGUGCAUAUACAAAAAGAAACGCAAACAAGUCUCAGAUGCCCAGGUUGAUAACAUGUAAAAAUCCUAGUGGACACCAUCAGUUGUUGAUCUUUGUUAAGACCUUUGUUUAUACACGAUAAUUUGGUUAUUGCUAUUGUGUUCUA